CGGCAGCACGAGGGGAGACUGGGAGGAGGAGCCAGCGGAAGUGACGCAAGAGCCCCAUGUAUCCUGGAGGGUCUCGAGUUCCAGCGCGAGAGGCGGGCCCGGCGGGGGUGGGGCGGGUUUAGCGACGGGGGAGGUGGCGAAGCCGGCCGGAGACAUGUGGGCAGGGCGGGGUCUACGUGCCGGACUCUGAAGGGAUCGGCGGUUCUCCCUUUCCACCUGGCGAGCUGAGGGUCGCACCUAGGCGGUGGGUGCCGGGCGGAUGGAGAAAGGCCGGGGAGCCCAGCUCAGGCUCUGCUUCGUUGCACGGCCGCUGCCCGGCUACUGAAGUAUUAAGCCCCUUUGUUUCUCCCGCUUGCCCGCGGUUCCCGGCCGACCCUAGCACCCUCCCGCCUGCGGCUUUCCGCAGAGCCCCCGCGCCCUCGCGCGCGCCCGUCCGCCCGCCAGCGGCUCCUCGCGCCCAUGCGGCUGCAGGGUCCGAGACCGGUUCCCAGGCGCGCGCGCGGCGGGGGUGCCGCUCGGCUUUGAGGUCUGGGGCAGGACGAGCGGCAUGCCAUGGGGAACUGCUGCUGGACCCAGUGCUUUGGGCUUCUCCGCAAGGAAGCAGGACGGCUCCAGCGGGGAGGCGGCGGCGGAGGGUCAAAGUACUUUAGGACAUGCCCAACAGGCGAACAUUUCACAAUAGAGUUUGAAAAUCUAGUAGAAAGUGAUGAAGGAGAAAGCCCAGGAAGUAGUCAUAGGCCCCUUACUGAAGAAGAAAUAGCUGACUUAAGAGAGAGACAUUAUGAUUCUAUUGCUGAAAAACAGAAAACAUUUGAUAUAAAAAUUCAGAGAGAGUUAGCCUUACAAGAAGAGAAGUUAAAACUAGAAGAAGAAGCUUUAUACGCUGCACAGCGUGAAGCAGCCAGGGCAGCAAAGCAGCGAAAGUUCUUGGAGCAAGAAAGGCAAAGGAUUAUGCAACGAUCUCAUCCUUCCAACACUGGAGAAUAUCAAAGUUCAGGGGCUGAAGAAGACUUUGAAUCCUAUUUGAGAAAUAUAAAAUCACAAUAUGAAGUGUUUCGAAGUAGUAGGCUUUCAUCAGAGGCUACAGUUUUGACACCAAACACAGAAAGUAGUUGUGACUUAAUGACCAAAACAAAAUCAACCAGUGGAAAUGAUGACAGCACGUCCCUAGAUCUAGAAUGGGAAGAUGAAGAAGGAAUGAAUAGAAUGGUCCCUUUGAGAGAACGUUCCAAAACGGAAGAGGAUAUUCUUCGGGCUGCAUUAAAAUAUAGCAGUAAGAAGACGGGAAGUAACCCUACCUCAGCUUCUGAUGAUUCUAAUGGGCUGGAGUGGGAGAAUGAUUUUGUUAGUGCUGAAAUGGAUAACAAUGGCAAUUCGGAAUAUUCUGGAUUUGUGAAUCCUGUUUUAGAACUGUCUGCCUCUGAGUUAAAGACCUUGGAAGCAGAUCAGCAGGACAGAUAGGGUGAAUCUUCUGGCCUUUUCAUCAGUCAUGACCAAAUGUUGAAAAUCAAAUAGAAUGUAUAAAAUGUUUGUUCUGAGCCUUUUUGUGAGGGAGAAAGAAAUUAUGAGGUAAAUGCUUCAAAAGUAAGGAAUAGGAAUGAUGGAAUCUCAUCUAAAUUCAGAUUUAAGUGCAAUUUCAUCAUGAUUCUGUCAUAUUUCUGAAUAUGUUGUAACGGUUCUUGUUCAGGUACCAUUUGGACUGGAUGGCCUCUGAGGUCCCUUCCAAAUCUUAGAUUCCAUGAUUAUUAAACUAUCUGCUCUAAUUUAUGUAUUCCAAUUAGGAUCUAUAGUUUUAAUUUGUUCCUUUUAAGUAUUUGCAUUUUCAUUUUUAUUCUUUGCAUGGAUCUAGUUUUGUAAAAUAAAAUCAUUUACCUAAGUUUAUUGCAUUAUCUGAAUAUGAACAUUAUAAAGCAUCUUAUUUCUGUUUUUCUCAGCAUCUGUAAAGGGAAGUAAUUAGCAGCUUCAAAUAAUGUGCUAUUUGCUAGAAGGUUUUUAAGCUUUCUCUAUUUUUAUAACUUAUUCAGAUUGAAUCAUUAUAGAUUAGAACAGAGUUCAGUAACCCUAACAGAGCACUAAUAUUCAUUUCUAUCAAAUUGCUAUAACAGCAUGUUCAUGGUAUUAUCUCUAAACAGGAUUGUUGUGAGGCCUGAAAGGGGGGGCUACUCUCAGAAUUGGAAGGUUUUUUUAAAUUGAUGAUAAUCAAACCGAACUGAGGCUAGACUUUUAAGUGUUCCACUUCACUUAAAAGAGACUUGCAUACUAUUACAAAGGAAGUGUUACUUUAGAUUGUAUUUUCAAUUUCUAGGCAAGUUAUUUUUUAAGUCUACAUUGGAUAAGUUCGGAGUAGUAUUAAAGGAUUUUUUCACAAAGGACUAAAUUUUCUGCCUACUGGAUAAUAUGGGAGUUCCUAAAAAGAAGCAAUACGGGUAUUUUGAAGAAUUGUUUCCUGUAUGAAAUGACAGAUUUUAUUUUGUUUUCCUUUGCCUUGUUUUACAUACUGUAAAGGAAGGUGCUCUGAGUGGUGAAGCCAGGUGAAUUGUGUUAUAACUGCUGCUAGGAUUCUAUGGGGUGUCCCAAAAGCGUUUGUGCGGAAAACUACACUUAAAUUUUUGAGACACCCUGUAUAUUAGCCUUUCUUUUCCUUACUAUGUUAAAUAUGAACUCAAGGCUAAGGAAGCAAAAUUCCCCCAAAUUGGGCUGCACUUCUUGCUUUUGCUCCGGGACCCUAGUAUAAUUUUAGUAAUUGAAUCAUUUAGUUUCCUUUGUAGUUUUUUCCCCUUAGGACAAUGAUAAUGCACUUCCUCAACACCAUAGGGAGAUUAAGCUGCAACUGGUGAUGAAUAUUCUUGCUGUAUUUUUAAAAAUCACGUGACCAUUCAAAUAUUUUAAAUUGUAUGAUAAGCAAGAGUAUCUGUAAAUUCAUCUCCUUUUUUAAAAACUUGCAAAACUAAGAUUCUGACUAAAUAUGUAAAUAUUUCAUUAUGUAAUUACUAUAAGUUUUACCAUAACUUAAGUUUGUGGCUAUGUCAUUUAAAGUAUUUUCAGUGUAACCUACAUUCAUACUGCCUGUAAUAUGCUUUUUAAAGUUUGUAUACCUCAAAUGUAUAUUUUUGUUUCGGCAUAAGCUACCAUCUGAUUUUUCUUGGCAUUUUGUCCAUAUUAUAUAGACUUUUUGAAGGAAUGGAAUCAACUUCUCAAAAGAUGUGAAUAAAUGCAUUUUUACAUUUAAAAAUAAUAAA